GGGAGAGUCUAUUUCUCAAUUCGAUUUCAAUGUGAAUAAAAUGAAUUGUGUUAUUGGUGUGUCUGUCUGUCGGUCGGUCGGUUUUCGUUGAUGUGGUGGUAGCUGUUGUUAUAUUUGUGUUAUUGUUGUUGUUGUUGCUGCAAUCCAUUUCAACCUCACCUUCAGCCCUCGCGUCUUUGCUCCAACAAUUGGUGUGCUGGUGGUUAAUUUCUUGUUUAAUUCCAUUUCUCAUUUGGAUUGUGAUCGUCGUUGUCCACGCAACGGCGUCGUUUUUGUGCGGAAUCGAAGUAUUUUUGUUUGAUUAAUGACAAAAUAAAAGAAAUCAACAACAAAAGCAAAAUAAAAACAAAGAAUAAUAUCUAUUCCUCGAUGCAAUUCGGCCGCAAAUUAAAUAAUUAAAUUAUUUUGUCAAAAUCGCAACUUUUUUCAUGAAGCGCACAUAAAGAAUUGCGAAGGCAACGGUUCGGUGCAGAAGUUGUCACAAAAAUAUUGAAACAUAAACACAUUUUGUCCACGACAAGAAGAAUAUUACAACAACUGAGCAAUGUCUAACGGGUUCCAAGUGAUCUGAUUCGAUUCCCAUUCUCGCGAGUGGUGAACAUUUUGUGAUUCUUAACCGGUUGAUUAGUUGGCAAUGAUUUAAUGGCAAACAGUCUGUCAGUCAGCCGCCUUGUGUUUUGGUGUGUUUCGUAAAAAAAAUUGGCGCAAUUUUAAAUUUGUAAAACAAAAAUAAAAGAACAAGAAAACGUCACGAAAUAUACACACUUUUUUAUUGUCAGUCAGUGUCGAGUGUUAUUUUUGUUGUUUGUCUGUGCUACAGGAGAGAAAACAUUCAAAAUUUUGCACCUAAUGCAACUCAAUACCAUGGACUGUACAGGGCGUUCAAAUGCACCUGAACGUGAGACGGAUCUAGCUGACGAUAUGUCGCAUGAACUCCACUCGGAUGAUGAACUGCGCGAUUGCGAUUCCGAUGAAGGAGACCACAUGACAAGAGUUCGAUCUCGCCUAAAUGCGUCCAUGACUAGCAAUGGCGGUGCUGACAUCAGUGGUCAUGAACACACCGGCGAUAUGCAAAUGAGCCAGCACCACCAUCAUCAGUUUCCAGCAAAUCAUCCUCUGAACGCUCUCAACAAUUUUAUGGGUAUGGGUGGUUUGCAUGGAAUACCCAGUCUGCAGCACAACGAUGUAUUGGAAAAGCUAAAAAUGCAAGUGCGUGACAUGAAAGUGGGCUUGAUGGAUCAGGAAUAUGCUGCUGCACAUGCGGCAGCUUUUGGAGCAAAUGUGUUGUCCUCGCCAAUUAAUUCGGCGUUUUCUUUGCCACCCACAACAAUGGCUUCCUUUACGCAUGCCGCCCAGACGUUGGCGGCACAGGCUAACAAUAACCUAAACUCGCACUUGAGUGCAAGUACACCGACAGCUUCAACGCCUGCUGCAGGCGGAUGCUUGCCUAAUGGAAACCACAAUAACAGUUCCAACUUUUCGUUUACCUCACCUACGGUGCCGAAUCCAAAAGACGGAAAUCCAGCCUCGAAUUCGUCAACAUCCAGUGAAACUUCAAAUUCAUCGCAGCAGAACAACGGAUGGAGUUUUGAGGAGCAGUAUAAACAAGUCCGCCAGUUGUACGAAAUCAGCGAUGAUCCAAAACGUAAAGAGUUCCUUGAUGAUUUAUUUUCGUUUAUGCAAAAAAGAGGUACUCCCAUCAAUCGAUUGCCAAUUAUGGCCAAGUCCGUUUUGGAUCUCUAUGAGUUAUAUAACCUGGUAAUUGCUCGCGGUGGUUUGGUCGACGUUAUUAACAAGAAGUUGUGGCAAGAAAUCAUAAAAGGCUUGCAUCUGCCAUCGAGUAUUACAAGUGCUGCUUUUACGCUAAGAACACAGUAUAUGAAAUACUUGUAUCCGUACGAAUGCGAAAAGAAGAAUUUAAGCACACCGGCUGAAUUGCAGGCAGCCAUCGAUGGCAACCGUCGGGAAGGUCGUCGUUCCAGUUAUGGCCAAUAUGAGGCAAUGCACAAUCAAAUGCAAAUGCCUCCAUUGGGACGGCAAGCACUGCCCGGCGGAAUGCAACAAAUGUCUCCUCUGGCUUUGGUCACACAUGCUGCGGCGGCUAACAAUCAACAAGCACAGGCAGCUGCAGCAGCCGCCGCGGCACACCACAGACUUAUGGCACCCACAUUUGGUCAAGUGCCAAAUUUGGUGACGCAGGAAAUCGAACAGCGAAUGAUCGAGUAUUUGAAAUUGAUACAAGUUAAGAAAGAGCAAAAUGCAAUGGCCAACGGAUCGGCUGGCAUGGGCUUAUCACCGCAUCAUCAACAGCACCAACAACAACAUCAGCAACAACAACAACAGCGAGAACAACAACACCAGCAACAGCAGAGACAGCGUUCACAGAGCCCAGAGAUCAGUCCGACAGAAGCUCUGAAUGCUUUGGAGAUGUCACGUGUUGCUCUGUGGCAAAUGUAUCACAACAACAGCAGUCCCCCAGCAUCGGAACCAAAGGAGCAAAUCACGUUGAACAACAGCGAAGCUCUCAACCUAUCGGAUUCACCACCAGGUGUAACUACUAUAAAGCGCGAACGUGAACGCGAGCCUAGCCCAGACAUAACUCAACGUCAGGAUUUUCACCACCAACCUCCUCCAGCGAAACGUGCCGGAUUCCCUGCUAACUUUUAUCUACCACCUAACAUGGCCGCUGCUGCAGCGGCUGUUAACUUCCAUUAUAAAACCGACAAUCCACAAGACUCUGAUGCAGAGGGCGAAGAUGAACAUGACGAGGAAGGUGACCACAAUACAACGGCUAAUUCAUCCCAUGACGACCCUUUGGAAAGACAACAAUUGAAUGGCAUGUCCGUAAGGCCUCGACACCACGGAAGCAACAGCAGCGUUCACAAUGAUAAGUCUGAUGAUUCGGCGAUAGAAAAUUCGCCUUCCACAUCUGCAGCGUCGGGUGGUGGUAAUGAACACAUUUCUCCAGUCUCUACUAAAAAGAUACACCUGUCUAAACAACAUAGUCAACAUCAAAGUUGUGAAUCGAGCGACAUUUGCGAUGGCAAAAACAGUUUUUCAGCUGUCAGUUCCUCAUUGAAUCCCUUCGAUGCUUUAAAUUUAUUGUCGGGAAUGCAAUUCCGCGUCACACGCAACGGUACCAACGAAAAUGGCCAACAACAGUUGGUGGUUAACCUUGAAUUAAAUGGCGUUAAAUACUCGGGACUCCUUGUUGCCAACACAAACAACAACGUGCCGCCAGCGGUGGUAUCCCCAGCUACAGUCAGUACCAAAGAUAAAGAAUCCAAUGACAACAUAAAUGGAAACAUUGGUGACCUGUGUUCAAGAAAAGAUAACGCAAGUCCAGCUCCACACUUGACACAUAACUUGGAAAAAUGUCAGGCUGUGGAUACAGCGGCAGCUGAAGAACAUGAAUUUACAACGCAUGAUUCUGACACUCUACCCGCGAAGUCGAAACACAUAAAUCCUGCUUUGAGUAACGGACCUAACACGACCGUGAUGACGUCAUAGGCAAAUUUAUUAUUUAUCCACUCUACCACGAGUCCAGUCGAAUAGGGAUGAAGCGAAACAUUGAAUGUCGUUUCCAUUUUCUCACAAACGUCUUAAAAAGAUAUAACAAUACCUGUAAAUAGAAAACAGUUAAAAUACAACAAUCCAAAGGGCAAGUUGUCAGUUGUCUAUCAGUGUUUUGACACAAAUCGAAAGCACCUUAGAUGUCAAAACUACUAGCUUAUUGCUAAGGAUCCUACACAUCUAUAAGUGUAUUGGGUUUCAUUAUUUUGUUUGCUUAGCACACCGCAGUGAUUUCUACUCAACUAUAGAUGACGGAAGGAAGGAUUGAAUAUGCCACAUGCCAAACGAAAACUACUACAACUGUUAGUUCUACGUUCGUAAACGCACACAUAAAUACUACUUUGGAGGCGAAAACAAAACAUAUCCAACCGCACCACCAGACUCAGCUAUAAGUAGCACUCAGCAAAGGAGACGUUGACGGCAAUAAAUAACGUAUACACUACCACAUCAAUAACUUGAUUAAACCUUCAGCUUCAUUUAGACAUAGUCCAUUAUAAAUAGAAAGCCGGCGAGCCUACUUAGUGGCACACCGAGAGUUCUCAACGAUUUUUGUAAAUAUUUAAACUUGUUUGAACAAUCAAACGAUGCAAUUUGUAUUUAGUGUAAGACAAGAACCAUAAAAUGUUUCAAGAACGUACGCUAACAGACACCCGACGUUUCGGUUAACUGCUUGGCCAGGUAAACACACAUUCUUCUCCACACCCACGUCUUUGCCGACAUAUACCUAACUAAUUAUAAGUUAAUGUUACAUUUUAUGUAUAUUUAUAAAUAAGUAUUAAGAUGUAAGGAGCCAUAAGAUAUACCCAGCCAAACGGAUACAUACAAGACUAAAUGUAUCGUUGAUAGACUCCCAUUUAUAUUUGAUAUCAUCCAUACUAACGUAUUUACUUAUUGCUAUUUAAAAGCGAAGGAAAAGUAGUAUAUAUCCCCUCUAGUUUAUACAGACAAAUUACAGGACAAAAGAAUUAUUCAAUUCUACAUCUGCUUUCGUUUUCUUAAAUACGUUUAAAUUGAAGGGAUGAACAAACAAUCACUGAAGAUAAUGUUAAAUUUUGUUUUUUUUUUUUUACUUCUCUGUCCCGUUCCAUUUCUGUGUUGUUCUGAAGUAAAAAAUAUACUGUUUUCUAAAAUAAAAUAUAUAGGUCUCCAAUAUAGAUUGAAUUAUAUAGAAUAUACUGCUUGAUCAUCAUCAUGAUCGUUAUUGAAAACAGCAACUAGAAAAGACACUUAUUUAGGUAUAUUCAAACUAAAUAUUAAUUUCAAAUUAAUUAAAGUUGUAAGUAAAACAAAUAAUCUUAUCAUACAUAAAACAUACCUUUAUUAGAAUUCGGCGGUGAAAAUGCCAGCCAUCCCAAGGAUCGAAAUAGUUUCCUUAUGAAUUUAGCUUGAAUUUACUCAAUUGUCAGCGAACAUGUAACGCUCGUGCGAUUGACCAAUCGGUUAAGUUUCCUUUUCCACAUAUAGUCAUUUAAGAUCUUAUCCCUUUACCUGCCCUCUUCCUUUCACACUCUCAUCGUAUGUGUAAAUAUAUUCGACACAUUUAAAGCUCUACAAAGUAUAUUUAGCUGUAGUACAAUAAAUUUUAUUUAAACUUUAGUAGUUUUAAUAAUUGAAAAUAGCAAUAAACUGUAUUUAAUAUAAUACUGAAAA